CUCGGACACUUUUGUGCAUUUAGGUGGUGAUUUGGUGAUUUAUUUUAUUGAUUUUUCUUCCCCCAGAGCAUCUGUUUUCCUUUUUUCACUUUCACCGCCGCGGGUGUGACUGUUGGAGGCUGCUGGAUGAAGUCAUGCUGUGAGAAGUGGAGAAACUGUGAGUUUGUGGACCGUGUGUGCUUUUUUGGACCAUGCAGGCGCAGCGCAAGAGGAAACCGAUUAAUCUGAGGCUGCUGUUUCUGUGCCUCUCCAUCUCCAUCCUCAYCUCCGGAGUGCACGCAGGUGGGAAGAAGAACAGCGGCCCGUGUGGAGGAAGAGACUGCAGCGGAGGCUGUAAAUGCUUCCCAGAGAAGGGCGCCAGAGGACUUCCUGGGCUUCUUGGUCCUCAAGGCCCAGYGGGACCAGUAGGCCGACCAGGAGAUCCUGGUAUCCAAGGACCAAAAGGGCAGAAAGGUGACCACGGACCUGGUGGCUUCAUAGGUCCUAAAGGCAGCAUGGGGAUGACCGGUGUACCUGGGUUCUCUGGAAUCGAUGGCAUUCCUGGCCACCCGGGACAAGGUGGGCCCCGGGGGAGGCCCGGAGCAGACGGCUGUAACGGGACUCAUGGAGACUCAGGACUGUCUGGAAUUCCUGGAUUUAUGGGUCCUCCUGGACCUUCUGGAUUUCCAGGCAGGAAGGGGGAGAAGGGAGACCCUCUGAACAUCACUGUGUACAUGCAGCGCUUCAGGGGUGAUCCAGGAAGACCAGGAUUCAAUGGGAUAAUUGGGCCUCCAGGAGCACAAGGACGGGAAGGUAACAGAGGCCCACAAGGACCAAAGGGCCCUUCAGGUCCUCCUGGUCCCCCAGGACCAAAGGGCACCAUGACCAAAGUGUUAAAGGGAGUCAAAGGAGAAGCUGGGGACAUCGGAGCACAAGGGCUACCGGGAAACUACACGAACCAGCAGCGUCARCCUCAAGCAGGGCCGCCAGGGAAAAAAGGUGAAAAAGGAGAAGUUGGGGCUUUGGCAGACAACAAAGGAGAACCUGGUAUAAUGGGAUUUCCUGGACUGAGGGGUGAAAAUGGUGCAAACGGGCGUCCUGGACCGAGGGGUGAGCCUGGUGAACCAGGACUGAAUGGUGGUGACGGGAUUAAGGGUGGGAUUUCUUCGGCCCGUUUGGUUUUAAAGGAGAACAAGGAGACAAAGGCCAGCAAGGUGAUCCGGGGUGGCCUGCUAUCAUCGCGGGACCCCCAGGAAAUGAAGGACGUCGAGGAGAAAGAGGCCCACCAGGACCCAAACUAUUGUUGGAAAAAUACUUUGCUGGAGACCCAGGAAUAAGAGGACGCCCCGGCUUUGCAGGCUUGAAAGGACAGAAAGGUGACCGCGGCGUGUGUGAGUGCAGGCUUGGAAAUUCCAAGCGUGGUUUGCCUGGUCCUGCCGGCGAGCCUGGGGAUGCCGGGAUGAGUGGAGAAUUUGGUGGUGAGGGUGACCCCGGAGACCAGGGUCCUCGAGGAAGAGAUGGACAGCCUGGCUCUCCUGGGUUUGCUGGUCUUCCAGGUCCAAAGGGUCGUAAAGGAGACCUGACUGUUGCCUCACAGAAAGGAUAUCCCGGUGACCCUGGAGAUCCAGGAAGAGAUGGUUUGGCAGGGGUACCGGGGGCUCCAGGCCCAAAUGGUCUUCCUGGUUUGCAUGGCGCUCAUGGUCUUCCAGGUGAAAGACCCCGGGGACAACAGGGAGACAAAGGGUUCCAAGGGCAACCUGGUUCACCUGGUGCAGACGGGUUCAGAGGAGAACCUGGUCCAGACAUUAUAGGCAUCAAAGGACAGCGUGGUCCGCCUGGAGACGAUGGUCUUGCUGGCUACCAUGGAGUACCAGGAGCACAGGGAAGUCCUGGCUCUUGCAAAACUGUUCCCGGACCUCCUGGCCUGCCUGGACUCCCAGGACCAUUUGGAUUACAAGGUGUUCCAGGAUCUCUGGGCCUAAAGGGUUCAUACGGUGAAGGUGGAGUCAGAGGGGAGAAAGGAGAACAAGGGGAGCAGGGCAGAGGUGGCAGUCCUGGACCACCAGGUUUCUCUGGACCUCGUGGAGACCUUGGAAUUCCUGGCAGAAAAGGUUCAGUAGGAAACCCAGGUGUGCCUGGUGCUUCCGGUCGAUACGGGGCUGAUGGUGAAAAAGGUGCUCAUGGUGAAGUAUUAGGAGCAGCACCCGGACCACCAGGUGACCCAGGACAACCGGGUCCUCAAGGAGUAAAAGGCGAAACUGGAGACCAAGGGUCGCCAGGCUAUGCAGGAAUGGCCGGCAUGCCUGGUAUGAUAGGCUUGAAGGGGAGCAAAGGUCCUCCAGGUCUGGCAGGAGAAGAGGGGAGACCUGGGCCAGCGGGCAUAUAUGGGUUCCCUGGUGAUCCUGGAAGAUCAGGUCCACCGGGGCCUGAUGGUGAAACUGGACCACCAGGAAUCACCGGCGAGAGGGGGAUACAGGGAGAUCCAGGUCCUCCAGGUCCAGUGGGAUUAAAAGGGACACCAGGUGCUUAUGGUGAUGGUGGUGCAAUAGGAGAACCUGGCACACCAGGUGAUCUAGGACAACCAGGACCAAGUGGACGACCAGGACUUCCAGGACCGAAGGGAAGCAAAGGAUCCUCUGGCAUGUCAGGUUUUGAUGGGCGUCUGGGUGGUUUUGGGCAGAAGGGCCAAGAGGGGCUGAAAGGAGAGAUUGGAAUGCCUGGCCAAGCAGGGCUGAAAGGAUUACUAGGCCAGAAGGGAUUGAAAGGUGAGAGUGGGCUGACUGGGCCACCUGGGAAGAUGGCUCCGCAAAUGCUCRUUGACAUAAAGGGAGCCAAAGGAGAAGAUGGAGAUCCAGGCAAUCAAGGAUUCACAGGACCAAGAGGUACCAAAGGUUUGCCUGGUGACCCCGGUUUUGAUGGAUCUCACGGUUUUCCCGGAGACCCCAGCAACGAGAAAGGUUUUCAUGGAGAUCCAGGAGCACAGGGACUGCCAGGCGUCAAAGGAUUGCCAGGACCAACAGGAGACAGAGGCAUUAUGGGCUUUGAUGGAAUGUCUGGAAACAAGGGAGGCAAAGGAAGCCCUGGUGCUUAUGGUGCAUCAGGUGAAAAAGGAAGGAAGGGAGCCAAAGGUGACAAAGGCCUUCGUAUAGACCUUCCAGGAACUCCUGGACUGAGAGGAGAGGAUGGAUUCCCUGGAGAACCAGGUUCGAAAGGAUUAUUUGGAAUAACUGGCGACAUUGGUAUAACUGGUUUUGAUGGUAUUGAAGGGAUGAAGGGAAAGAAAGGUGAUCCAGGACUAGCAGGAGGCCCAGGCUCUGAUGGGCAGAGAGGAACUCCUGGUAACCAAGGUCAAAAAGGUUUUCCUGGAUCUCCUGGGAAAGACGGACAACCAGGCUUUCCUGGGUUCACUGGAGUCAAAGGCUACCCUGGUCUUAAGGGUCUCUUUGGAUUACAUGGACUGAAAGGACAAAAGGGAGUAACGGGAACACCAGGUCUGGAUCUUACUGGACCUGCUGGGGAGACGGGAGUUAAAGGACAAAAGGGGGAGAGUGGUGAACUCAACACUCAGUCUGGUACUCCAGGCUUUGUGGGUUUAAAAGGUUUUCAGGGGGUUCAAGGUGACUUUGGCCAACCUGGACUGCCAGGUUUCCCAGGUCUGGUAGGACCAGAUGGGACCUCAGACAAACCAGGAUUUAGUGGGGAUCCUGGAUUUCCAGGAACACCAGGAUCCCAAGGUUUUCCUGGAGCCAGAGGAUUGCCGGGUUCGGAUGCUUUCCCAGGACAAAAGGGUGUACCAGGAAAUACAGGGUUUCCUGGAUUCCCCGGUGCUAAAGGCUUCCAAGGAGACUUAGGUCCAACUGGCUACCGGGGCCAUCACGGUGUCUCUGGAAGGAAAGGGGGAAAAGGAGACCAAGGAGUCAUGGGAUUUCCUGGUCAUACUGGUGUAAAAGGAGAAAGAGGACCAUCGGGUCCAAAAGGAACCACUGGACUUCCAGGCUUUCCCGGGCAACCUGGCAGCCAGGGUCCAGCUCCAAUACCCAUUAAAGUGCCAGUAGAGAGGGGCCGUCCAGGACCGCAGGGRAUCCUAGGACCAAAGGGGAUUAGAGGGGAACCGGGACCACGAGGCCCACCAGGAGAUCAAGGGUUCAUAGGACCCCUCGGGGAAAGAGGUAUGCCUGGGGUUAGUGGAACUCCAGGAGUGCCUGGAUUCCGUGGAGAUCAUGGACAGUUAGGACACCCUGGUCUGCAAGGCACAGAAGGUCGGCGUGGUAACCCUGGCAUCCCCGGGUUACCUGGUAUGCCUGGCCGCAGUGUCAGCGUGGGCUAUUUAUUAGUGAAACACAGCCAGACCGUGGAAACCCCCAUGUGUCCUGUGGGAAUGUCCAAACUGUGGGAUGGCUACAGCCUGCUGUACUUUGAGGGCCAGGAGAAGGCCCACAACCAGGACCUUGGUUUGGCAGGCUCUUGCCUCCCACGCUUUAGCACCAUGCCCUUCCUGUACUGCAACCCCGGAGACGUUUGCUACUAUGCCAGCAGAAACGAUAAGUCCUACUGGUUGUCGACCACCGCUCCACUCCCCAUGAUGCCUGUGGAGGAAACGGAAAUCAAACCGUACAUAAGCCGCUGCUCCGUGUGCGAGGCUCCGUCGGUUGCGAUCGCCGUCCACAGUCAGGACACCAGCAUCCCUCAGUGUCCCGUGGGCUGGCGCAGCCUGUGGAUUGGCUACUCCUUCCUCAUGCACACAUCAGCAGGAAACGAAGGCGGAGGCCAGUCCCUGUCGUCGCCCGGCUCCUGCCUGGAGGACUUCCGCACGGCGCCAUUCAUCGAGUGUAACGGGGCCAAAGGCACAUGCCACUACUUCGCCAACAAAUACAGCUUCUGGCUGACGAUCAUGAACCAGGAUUUCCACUCUCAGCCGGCGUCACAGACACUAAAAGCAGGCCAGCUCCUUUCGCACAUCAGCCGCUGCCAAGUCUGCAUGAAGAACCUGUGAGAAAGACUUGAAUUUUUUUGGUUUCUUGUUUUUAGAWUGGUUUAUUUUUCCACCUAAAUUCUGCAAGGACUCUGCGACGCCUUCAGGAUGCACUGUAUAUAAAACAAGAGAAGUCCUGUGAUAAGAACAACUCAGUUAUUUGUAUUAAAUAUGUUUUGGUGCUUACUUUUUAACUUAUUACCUCAGCUAUAAUUGUUAACCAUCAGAGACCGUAAAUUACAGCUGAACCAAAGAUGCACAGAUUGAUGUAUACACCGCUUCAGUUUAACCACAGGUUUCGGUGGUUUAGACUCUAAGGCUCAACACUGCCUCGUAGCCACGUGGUUUUAUUAUCCUGCCUUGUUUCUACUGCAUGUACAAAGCUUCCUUUUGAAAUGACAGUAAUCUGUUUUUAUGCAUGUAUCAACUACUGCUAAAUCCUUUUUUCCCCUGUUCUCCAUGUGUUCACACAAUGCACUGAUUCUGUUUAUGCCAUGAAAUGACAUGAAGCUUUAAAUGUAGAUCUUUUGUAUCAUUUUUAGCUACAAUGUUUUCGUUUUUUUUUUUUUUUAACUACACUGACAGCCCAACACAGAACGUGAACACAGGAUCAGUGAUUCUGGGUCAGAUUACCGCAUUUUACUUUGCUUAGAAAGUAGGUUAAACGUUCUGCAUCACACAACCGUUUAAAAAUAAUCCAAUAAAACCUAAAUAAUCCAUUUUACAAAAAUCUGCUUUGUGUCAGAAAUGAUCAUUUUCUAACACUGUUUUAUAAGAUAAAAUGUUUUGAAAUGUGACAAAAAAAAAGUCAACAGCAAAAUAAAACUCUUUAUUACGACA